GCUGCUUGUGCAGGUUUGGAGAGGGAAAAGUGAGGGAUCUUCAUGCUUCUGGGUCUUUUGAACUACAUCAGAUGAUGUUUUGCUCGGCACUUCGGUGCGAGCGUCGGCUAUGCGCUCAUCAGUCUUUCCCCUUUCCCCCAAAGAGCAAGAAAUGAUUUGCCAUUCCUCUCCUUAACCUUUCUGGUAAACAAGACGAUAUUCCUCGAUCUCUUAGUUAUCUAUAUAUCUAGACUUCCCACAUCGUCUGACCCCUUCCCGGCAGAGGAGGUUUUAGUCAUCAUCUCAUCUCCCUAGAGCGUCUAUCAUCUCCGUGCUCAUAUACCUCUGUUUUUGUGCCCGCUGCCACUCGUUGCCACAUUCUCCUCCGCAUAUCCCAGACAAAUUUGAACGACGUGAGACAAAAUGCCGGAAAUCCCUACAGAACAAUGGGCGCAGGUUAUUGAGAAGACUGGCGGGCCCUCCGUUUACAAGAAGAUCCCCGUGGCCAAGCCCGGUCCCGAUGAGGUCCUCGUCAACAUCAAGUACUCUGGCGUGUGCCACACGGACCUGCACGCCAUGAACGGCGACUGGCCGAUCCCGACCAGGCUCCCGUUCGUGGGCGGGCACGAGGGCGCUGGCGUCGUGGUGGCGCGCGGAGAGCUGGUCCAGGACGUCGAGAUUGGCGACCACGUCGGCGUCAAGUGGAUCAACAGCAGUUGCCAAAACUGCGACUUUUGCCGGUCCGCCAACGAGAUGCUGUGCCCCAAGGUCACACUUUCGGGCUACACGGUCGACGGUUCGUUCCAGCAGUACGCAAUCGCCAAGGCCGCCCUCGUCGCCCGCCUCCCCAAGGAGGUGAGCCUCGAGGCCGUCGCGCCGGUCCUGUGCGCCGGAAUCACUGUCUACAAGGGGCUCAAGGAGACGGGCGCCCGCCCGGGCCAGUGGGUCGCUAUCGUGGGUGCGGGCGGCGGCCUGGGUGCCAUGGCGCUGCAGUACGCCCGCGCCAUGGGCCUGCGCGUCAUCGCCAUCGACUCGGGCGAGGAGAAGCGCAGGGCGUGUCUGGAGGAUCUCGGCGCCGCCGCCUUUGUCGACUUUGCCACUUCGGCAGACGUGGUGGCCGACGUGCGCAAGGUGACUGCCGAUGGCCUCGGCCCCCAUGCCGCCGUGCUGCUGGCCGUAACUUCGCGGCCGUUCCAGCAGGCGGCCGAGUACAUCCGGCCUAGGGGCACCGUGGUGUGCAUAGGUCUGCCAUCCGGGGCCCAGAUCAAGGCGGACGUCCUGGAUAUGGUGGUGCGCUUGAUCACCAUCAAGGGCAGCUACGUCGGCAACCGACAGGACACGGCCGAGGCUGUGGACUUUUUCGCGCGCGGGUUGAUCAAGGCGCCAUUCAAGACCGUCGGGCUUAGUGAGUUGGGGAAGGUUUUCGAGGCGCUGGAGCAGGGCAAGGUCGUAGGGAGGUAUGUGCUUGAUACGAGCAAGUGAUUGCUUCCGUAUGUCUGGGGGGUGUUAUGGAGUGCGUUAUGGUAUAUGAGGACCAGGUCAGUUACAGGACUGGUUUUCAGGCGUGGGAUGAAGUAGUCGAUGACAAAAUGGUAGAGUCUGGCAGCGUGGAGUUGAUGGAUAUGAGUGGGUUUCGGCGAAAUUUGGGGGCUGCAUCGAGUAUUUUUUGGCAUGGAAAGUCUUUUGACUUGCUUGUUCUCUUCUCUGUAAAAUGAUAAGUCUGAAAUGAGUACAAGAUAUUCCAUCCGGGAUCGCAUUUACA